GAAUCUCCAACCCCCCCCCCCUCCGGGAGCUUCGAAUUUCAUUACCCAGAAAAAAGAAAAGAAGAAAGUUUCUCCUUUUUUUUUAAAAAAAAAAUGGCGUAUUCGGGUGUUCUGAAAACCCUAAUCAGGUCAUCGUAUUUGGGAUCUACUACUCGUAAUUUCAGCCUUGUUAGCAGUCAAAUCAGUAAUCACACUGCGAAAUGGAUGCAGGAUUCAAGCAAGAAAUCUCCUAUGGAGUUGAUCAAUGAAGUCCCUCCGAUCAAGGUUGAAGGCCGGAUUGUAGCUUGUGAAGGAGAUAAUAAUCCUGCUUUGGGACACCCAAUUGAAUUCAUAUGCCUUGACUUGAAAGAGCCUGCUGUAUGCAAGUAUUGCGGCCUACGCUACGUUCAAGAGCACCAUCACUAGAAACUACUUGUUAUGUUCUUCUCAGGCUGUUGGGACAAUUGUUAUUUCGCUGUACCCAUGGGGCACUUUUCUCUGUUUCAGCUUGUUGGUAACAAAUUUGAUGAACCCAUUUUAGUGUGAUGUUUUUUUUUUCUUUUUCACAUAAUAAGUGUUUGAAGUUCUCAUUUGAGAAGAUAUUUCGAAAGUAAAUUUGAACACCUAUGGUCUAAUCCUCCAUUUGCAUAA